AUGAUGGCAUCCCAUGAUAGCUUACAUGGCAGUAUGAUAUCUCAUCAGAGCUUACAUGGCAGUAUGAUAUCUCGUCAGAGCCAAGAUGACCAUUAUGAGACUGAGAGGGACGGCGAAGUCGAAUUAGAGAUGGUCAAAACAGUUGAAACCUCGGUUGAAGCAAAUCCGCAUGAUAACGUUUUGACUAGACUUGAAACGUUGUCAAAAGCUUUAUCCCGUAAGACUACACGGUCUACGGGAGGCCCAAUCACUAUCGACCCCAAUGACUUUGAGUUGCAAAAAGUCUUGCAAACGAUUUCCAGAAGGGCAGACCGACAUGGACUGCCCUUGAAAACGUUAGGGGUGGAAAUGCAGGACGUUACUGUCUACGGUCAUGACGAAGUUGCUUCGUUUGCCCCAACCAUUGGAGAAGUGUUAUCUAAGCCUUUCAGAAUUGGCGAAAUUGCGAAGAGCAUCUCGGAUAAAAAGGCAAACCGAGAUUCGGGUUUGAAGAAAGUGAACAGGAACAUAAACGUUGUCUGUGACCCAGGUGAAAUGGUACUGGUGCUUGGGAGGCCUGGCGCAGGCUGUUCUACAAUGCUGAAAACAGUUGCCGGUGAAUUAGAUCAGUAUGUCAAGCACGAAGGCUCAAUCACUUAUGACAACGUUCCACAGGAUGAUGUCAUGAAGAUGUUCAAGAAAGAGAUCAUUUACAACCCUGAGUUGGACGUUCAUUUCCCACAUCUUACGGUUGACCAGACUCUCAAGUUUGCCAUUGCUUGUCGUGCACCCUCGUUUGAUUGGCCUGAUUUUUCGGAAAACAAGUACAUUGAAACCUUCAGAGAUAUUCUGUGUACUGUUUAUGGCCUGACACAUACCAAAAACACUAAAGUUGGUAACGACUAUAUCAGAGGUGUUUCUGGAGGUGAGCGUAAAAGAGUCUCUAUUGCCGAAGUGAUGACCGCAAAACCUGCAGUCUUAUGCUUUGACAACGCAACCAGAGGUUUGGAUGCCUCAACUGCACUCGAGUUUGCCGAGGCUUUGAGAACUUCCACAAAUAUCAUGAAGAUGUCCUCGUUUGUCACAAUUUAUCAGGCCUCGCAGAACAUCUACGAGUUGUUUGACAAGGUGGUAGUUCUUUACUUGGGAAGGCAGGUUUACUAUGGCAGGACUGAAGAUGCAAAGGCAUACUUUGAGAACAUGGGCUACUUGUGUCCGGAAAGGCAGAGUACUGCGGAGUAUCUGACUGCCGUUACCGAUCCUAUUGGCAGAUUUGUGAAACCAGGGUUUGAGGGAAAAGUCCCAAAUACUGCUGAUGAGUUUGAGGCUUAUUGGAGAGCGUCACCAGAGUUUGCUGCUUUACAGCGUGAGAUAACCGACAGAAGAUCUCAAGUCGAUGUUGAGAAAAGUGUUGCUACGUUGAGGGCUGUUCACGAACAAGAGAGAGGCAGAUUUGCCAGAGCUCAAUCUAGAUACACCGUUAGUUAUGCCACUCAGCUCAAACUCUGCACCAUCAGAGGUUGGCAGCGCAUGGUUGGCGACAAGACAUAUGCGGUCACUAAUGUAUGCUCCGGUGUUUUCCAAGCUCUCGUCAUUGGAUCUACUUUCUGGAAAACAUCUGAUGGGACUGGCGGUGCCUUUUCCAGAGGUGGUGUCGUUUUUUUUUCAUUGCUGUACUUCGCGCUCAUGGGUAUGGCAGAAAUUUCAGUCUCAUUUGGAAAACGUCCAAUUCUGUUCAAACAAAAAGGUUACUCUUUCUAUCAUCCCUCUGCUGAGGUCUUCGGCUACAUCUUGAACGAUAUUCCCCUAAAGUUAGUUGCUUCCUUGUUGUUCUCGAUUGUGAUUUAUUUCCUUUCCAACUUGAAGGCUGAUCCUGGUGCUUUUUUCACAUUUGUGUUGUUUCUGAACCUCGGUGCAUUGGCGGAAAGCACCAUGUUCCAGGCAAUUGCUUCUGUUUCUCCUAACGUUCCAGCAGCUAAUGCUAUCUCAGGCAUUUUCCUCUUUGUCACACUGGUCUAUACCUCCUACAUGAUUCAGCAGCCUUCAAUGCAUCCUUGGUUCAAGUGGAUAUCGGCUAUCAAUCCUUUACUUUAUUGUUUUGAAGCAAUGGUUACAACAGAGUUCCAUGGAAGAAAGAUGAACUGUGACAGUUUGGCACCAAGUGGAAGUGGCUAUGAAAACGCGGCUACUGGCACUCAAGCCUGUUCAUUUACAGGCUCUGUCAGUGGUCAGUCUUGGGUUUCCGGGGAUCGGUAUUUGAGUUUGACCUACAAUUAUGAGUUCACACAUGUGUGGAGAAAUUUUGGUAUUGUGAUCGGGUUCAUUAUUUUCUUCCUGGCAAUCAAUUGCGCUGGAGUUGAACUACUCAAACAGAGUAAAGAGACAGGUGAUCAUCUAAUGUUCUUGAGAGGCAAAACCCUAGACGACAUUGUUGUUCAAGAUGGAACUGUCCCUGUUGCUGAUGUCGAGAACCAAGCAGAUGUAUCGUCAGCUGAGCCAGAGAGGGUUAGUGGUUGCCAGGGCGAAAAGGAGGGAGCUUCGAAGGAUUUAGGAAGUGGGGAAAUAUUCAUGUGGCAACAUGUUGAUUACACAAUCCCAUACAAAGGUGAAACUCGCCAGCUUUUGAAGGACAUUCAGGGUUAUUGCAAACCUGGAACCUUGACUGCAUUGAUGGGUGAAUCUGGUGCCGGAAAAACAACUCUUUUGAAUGUUUUGUCCCGCAGAAUUGAUAUGGGUGUGAUCACGGGUGAUAUGUUGGUUGACGGAAAGCCAAUUGAUCACUCCUUUGAGCGUCGUACUGGAUAUGUUCAGCAGCAAGAUUUACACAUUUCCGAGUUGACUGUUCGUGAAUCACUCCAGUUUGCUGCUAGAAUGAGAAGACCAGUCUCAGUUUCCGAGGAAGAAAAGAUGGAAUACGUUGAAAAGAUCAUUGAUAUUUUGGAGAUGGGUCCAUAUUCUGAUGCUCUCGUUGGUGAUUCUGGUAGUGGUCUAAAUGUUGAACAACGUAAGAAGCUUUCCGUUGGUGUUGAGCUGGUUGCAAAACCUUCGUUGUUACUCUUUUUGGAUGAACCCACCUCUGGUCUUGAUUCUCAGUCUGCUUGGGCUAUCAUUCAGGUCAUUCGAAGCCUCGCCAAUGCUGGUCAAGCUAUCUUGUGUACUAUUCAUCAACCUUCAGCUACUUUGAUCGAGGAGUUUGAUAGACUAUUGCUAUUGAGAAAGGGAGGUGAAACUGUCUAUUUCGGUGAAAUUGGAAAGAGCUCCAGAAUCAUGCUGGACUACUUUGAAGGUCAAGGCGCACGUAAGUGUGAGAUAGAGGAAAAUCCUGCAGAAUACAUUUUGGAAGUCAUUGGAGCCGGAGCUACAGCAAGUGCUGCACAGAACUGGCACGAAGUGUGGAAAGCCUCUCCAGAAUUUGAAAAGGUGUCACACGAAAUCAGCAGUUUAAUUGAACAGUCUUCACACAAGCCUUCUGUUGCCGUGAAUAAGGAGAUGCAAGGAACUUUUGCAACUCCUUAUUUUUAUCAAUUGAAGAAUGUCCUUUGGAGAACAAGCCUUCAGUUCUGGAGAGACAUAGAUUAUUUUAUGGGCAAAAUGAACCUCGUGAUAAUCACUGGACUUUUUGUUGGUUUCAGUUUCUGGGAUCUAAAGCAUACCGUUGUUGGAAUGCAAAACGGUCUUUUCGCUACGUUUUUGUGUCUCAUUUUGAGUGCGCCUCUUUCAUCUCAAAUUCAGGAUAAGGCGAUUGCAAGCAGAGAACUUUACGAAGUUAGAGAGUCCAAGUCGAACACUUUCCACUGGUCGGCAUUGCUCAUCUCUCAAGUGAUUAUGGAGAUUCCUUUUAGUAUUCUUGCGUCUACUCUGUUUUUCGUGUGCUUCUACUUUCCGUUGAAAUCUGUUUCCACAGAUGCAGAGACUGCUGGGUAUUUCUGGCUUACCUAUUGUAUCUUCUUCCAGCUCUAUUACAUCACGUUUUCCCUCUGUGUUCUCUACUUUUCGCCUGAUUUGCCAACAGCCAAUUUGCUCUAUGCGAUGCUCUUCUCGUUUGUUGUGGCCUUCUGUUCCGUCACUCAACCACAACGUCUUGCUCCCGGAUUUUGGAAGUUCAUGUAUGACGCCUCACCAUUCACCUAUUUUGUCCAGAGUUUACUUGUCACAGUUCUUCACAACCGCAAAGUUCAUUGCAAACAAUCGGAGCUCGCCAUUUUUGACCCACCUUCGGGACAAACUUGUGAGGAAUGGGCUGGUGCUUUUAUGGAGACUGCCGCUGGUUAUCUAACCAAUGGAAGUGCCACCGAGAACUGUGGAUAUUGUGAGUACUCUGUUGCCGAUGAAUACCUGGAGACGCUCAACAUCAGGUACUCGGAGAAAUGGAGAAACGUGGGAUUUUUCUGUUGCUACAUUGUUUUCAACCUUUUUGCCAUGUUUGGCCUUUACUGGCUCUUCAGAGUUCACAAAUCGUCAUUGGUCGGCUCGUUGAUCAAGAAGCUGACUGAAAAGAAGAAGAACUAA